AUGGCAUCUUCAGCAGCUCCGGCUCCAGCAUCUAACCUCGAAUCGCUGCCGCCGCGGCCUCCGACGCCUCCACGAGAAGCAGGCAAGGAGAGCGACCCGACCGCCAGGACGAUCCUGAGCCGCGCCUCUUCCUCCGAUCCCCAGGACAGCCUCCAGACUCCUCCAACCGCCAACACUCCGACGUCGACCGAUGUGCCAGCCUCCCAGUUGAUGUCAAGCCGUACAAGGAAGAGGGUUGUUUGGUCGGCGCAUACCGAGUACAAAGACCCAGUUGACUACCGAUCAAUCGAAAGGCUUCACCGGUCCUCCCCAAUCUCCGUUCCUUCGCCCGCCUCCAAACCCAUCAAGGGCAUCCUCAAACCAUCCCCUUCGCCGAAUCCACUCGUCUCGUCCGGUGCCGAGUUCGAUCUGGUCUUGGGCCAACCCAACAUCAUCGAGAUGCUGGACUCGACAAUAAAGCAGCUGGCUGGCGCCGAUCGCGACUCGAAACUCGAUGCGUACAUGACGCUCUCCAGGGCCUUGAAGGCUUCCAACAACCUCCCUGACCGAGUCGCCCUGCAAGACAAGAUGAGCCUCUUCAUGCACUUCAUCCAGCGUGACAUCACGUCCAAGAACGACACUGGAGCUCUUGAUACUUCACUAGUCAACCACGCCCUCACGCUUCUCGCCACCUUCCUUCACUUCCCUGCUAUUGCAUCGACCCUCUCCACCGACUUUGGGAUAUUCAUUGUUGACCACUCAAUCCGCGCCUUCGAAGAUGCCAGCUCUCCCAAGGACGUUGUACGGCAUCUGAUGCAAGUCAUUGCCUUUCAAAACUUCUCGCCCAAGGUUAUGACCUCGGAUCGAGUGGGACGGUUGGUCACGGCGCUGCAUCAGAUCGAAAACCACCUCAAAGGCAAGAGCAUUGUCAUGAGCCGGAUACACAUAUAUAGGCGGCUUGUCAAACAGGCACGCUUGCAUAUGGUUGCUCAUUCGAGCUGGCUCAAGGAUAUGCUCCUGGAUAUGCUGAGCACCAUCAAGGACAUCCGAGCCCAGGCAAUCAGUCUUGCAACCGAGGCCGGCUUCGCCCUUCGGUCCGAGAAGCAACUUUUGCGGAAAGCCAGCGAAAUAUUCCAAACGGCGAAUGAAGAUCAAACCUACAUCGAGUAUUACAUCAAGAGGCUGCAGGAGAUGCUCAAAGACAAAGCCAGCGCCUCGGCUGUACCACAAAUAUGGAGUGCCAUCAUUCUUUUCAUGCGGUGCCCGCUAGAAAGGUGGCAGUACUAUAGCCCUUGGCUAACCCUCGUCCAGUCUGCGUUCAACUCAGCAGAUGCUACUACGAAGCAGGAAGCAAACUUUGCCUGGAAUCGGUACAUUUACCUUACCUUGGUUGAUAGCAAGGUCAGCCCAAAAAUACUGGGAACCCUCUGCCAGCCUCUCUUGAGCCAGCUACGAAGACGGGCAAACCCAAGACAGUUGGAAGAGGCCGUGAGGCUCCAGAGGACAGUCAUUGGUGGCGCAUGUAACUUAUACUACUAUGCAUUCGCUCCAGGGAACGAUAAGCUCUCCCUCGAUUCGACAUGGGACGUUGCCGUCCAGCCAGUCUUGUCCCAGCUUGUUGAUUUGGAUGGUAAGCCCGAAAUCCCCGGAGACUGCCUCAUGCAGGCCGGCCGUAUCUUGACAAGUCUCUUGGAUGUGGCCACACCUCGCAUGUGGAGGCAGGAUCGUAUCAUGGAGAUUCCUCCUGCAAAUCCAGAGGAACUGCCACCCUUGGACUCGAAAUGGGUGAGGCGAAACUGCGACAAAGUCUUUGGGACGGCUGGUCCCAUUCUGAGCAGGAGGUUCCAUGACUUGGCCAACAAGGAAUCUUUGUUGUACCGUUUGUGGUAUGCCUUUGUCGGGGCUGUUGCCGCGGCAUCAGCCAAGGAUAUCAAAGUAUCGGAAGAUACAGCCAAGUUCUUUGCUCACACAUUUGGCUUACUAUCCAUGAUCUGGAGAACCGGAAUACCUGCCUCUUCAAACUUGCCAGCACCAGCGUUUCUGGCAAGUAUCAGGAAUUUCAUCGACAUACUAGUCAAGGCGCUGGGGAUGCUUCCUUUUACAGAAAAGAAACUGGCCAUGACGGUAGUCGACACCUACGAAUCGUUUGCAACGCCCUCCCAGAACCAGGGCCGAUCAAGCUCUCCAGGAAUCGUCAGGACACCUCUACAUCAUCUCUUCUCAAUGCUGUCCUCUGUCCCUCCAGGCGUUUCUGAGGACGAAGCUCUCUCCGAGUUCUUUCUUUGCGUCUUCGAGCCGUUCUUUCACGGCAAAUCAACCAAAGCCCGCCUGGAGCUCACACAGGAGCUCCUGCAGCUGCUUCCUCGAGACUCGCCAUCUCCCUCUGGACCGUGGCUGCUAGCCGCACAGAACUUGUCUCUUUCCUUGGACAAUAACGAAACUACGGCCAUUCUCACAGGUAGCGGCAAACUACUGGGACCGAAGUAUCGAGAUAUUGUUUCAUUACUUGAGCGCGGUCUCGUUGGGCAUCCACAACUUGCAUCGGAACGAUGGUUUUCGCUGUUUGAGCGACUCUCAGAACACGUUGCGCAGCAACUAGGCGAUGCCGGCCGCGCUCUCGCUGUUGUUGAACCCCUGGCAAAGGUGCUCCUGGCCUGUGUUGGAACAAGCGAGAUCCAGAGGCCAUCUGCAACCACUCUGAAGGCAACUCAAGUGCUUUUUGGUGUCGCCAAGCUUCCGCGCGAUCAAACUGCUCUGAAUACUGCACGGCAACGGCUGUGGGGAACUUCCCUGACGUCUGUACGAUCAGGUUCGUUGGAUCCGUUUGACAACCUUUACAAACUCGGUAAUCAAAUUCUGCGCACAUUUUACAACAAGAUCUCCGUCUUCGACUCGGAUAGUGAGAUAGUGCCUGUGAUGCAGAGCAUUGAGAGCUAUCUUGUCAGAUGUUUCUCUCAGCUAGGUCUCAAGGCCUUGACCGGUCUCCAAACCGGCUUAUGCCUAUGGAUUGAGGAUGACAAGUCAUGCUAUGCGCAUGACGAAGAAUCUCUGCUCUCAAAGACUCUCAUCCAUCUCUGGGAUCGGAUAUCUACCAAACUUGCAGGCCGAGGGCAGCUAACGAAGGACGAAUUCAGUCAGUUAGAGCCACUCCUGACCUCGGCGUUCAAGAGCAAGCUCCCUGCCAUUGUCGACACGACGAUAGAACUAUGGAAUGUGCUCGCUCGAGACGAAGAGAACUUGGCUUGCUCGGACAGCUUAAAGUCAGUCGCUUCCGAAGCUGGGUCAAAGAAGCAACAGCUUCUGGCCAAGGCUGGGAAGAAUGGCGGUGCGUUUGGUGCCCAAGAGCCGUCCCUCAACCAGCCGCCGGAUGACAACGGUCUUGUUAUGCUUUCGUCCAAUUCCUCUCGAUUGAACAAUCAAGCGGCGUCUAGCUCAAGGGCAACUACCCGACUGUCGGCCCAAAAACGCCGAAAAGAGGAGUCCCUUGACACAAGUCGCACAAGGGCAACGAAACGGACUGGGACUCCCAAGCUCCGCCACGACAACUCUCAGGUCAUGUUUACCCUGGUUCCAUCGUCGUCUCCGCCUCCAGUAGACGAUUCUCAGCACCUCACGGAGAGACAGAAGGAGGUCCGGGAAAGGCAGCGUGAAGCCGAGCACAUCUAUUCAGACAUGCGAACAAGCUCGUCGCCUCCUCCCGAAGAGAAAUCGCCCAAGACCGUUGAGGCUCCGGCCCCCACUGAAAGUCACGCGGGAGAGACAACACCGCGUCGUGCUGCGUCCUUUGAUAACCUGGUCAGCUCGACACCGACUCCUCGACGAGGCCAACUCAUGCAGGUGGAUGACAACGACCCCCCUUCCUCGCCACCCGUGCCUCGGCCAUACCCACUCCUUUCGGAGAUCAAGUCUCGCUCUAGGAUGGACAACUCACUGGAUAGUUGGGAAUUCUCAUCGCCUCCAGGCUCGCCAGGCCCCAAUGACCAAGAGGCAGCAUCAGAGGCCCAACUGCCAGGAGAGAAACAAGCAGACAAGGCCAACGACAAGGCGAAAACCAAACCAAAAGUCGUUGGCAUUAGCUAUGAGAGAAUUAUUCCCUCCAGUUUCAUCGAGGAGGAAUCGUCAUCCUCGGACUUGACGGACCUAUCGGACAGGGAAGCCUCGCCCUCGCCGGAACCACCCCGGCUUCCCGAGACACCGACGAGGAAACGCCUGCUGCGUGAUGCCGCCCGCGUAGAGGACAGCCCGAAAUCAGGCGACGAUGAAUUCGUCGAUGCCAGGAGCAGCCCUGAGAAGACUCUCGUUCCGCGGGCCACAGACACAUCGUUUGCUCUCAGCGAGGGGGAUGAAAGUCGAAUGAUGAAGCUUGCGGAGGAGCUCGAGUCGGGCGGCGGUCCCGUGCAGGACACUAUUGAGGUGGUUGCAGAUAGCUCCGAUGAACACUCUAGUGCCGAGGAGCCCCGAGCACCAUCACCUCCUAGGACUCGCAGGGCAGCUAAGCGCGCCAGCUCUGUGGUCAUUCCUUCUACUCCCGCGGCGCCUGUUAAUGAGAGCGAGGGGGCGGGCAGCAAGAAGAAGAGGAAGCGGUCAAGGUCCCGGCAAAGCGAGGGCCGUUCAAAGAAGCAACGCUCAGAAACGCCCAAACCUGCAAAGGAUGUCGAAGCAGCCGCAGCAAGCGAGAAGGUGUCUGAGGCUGCAGGCAUGGAGACAAGGGGGAGUGCCCGAAGACACCGCCAGCAACGCCAGCUCGAAGACAGCAACAAGAAAGCAGCAGCUUCGAAGAAGCGGUCAAGCAAGCGCAACAAGAAGCGGCGCGGUGGAGACACAGAUGACGAGGCGGCGUCGCAGCUGGUUAAGGAGACCGAUGCGGCGGCUACCGAAAGCCAGGAAGCGAGUGGCAAUACGGAAGACGAAGUACUGCCAUCCACCAACGAGGAGCCGCAUCAGCAAUCCCUGGAAUCUAUUGUGGCAGACGUCGAUGUCGUAAUGGAUGAUGCUGCAGUGGCAGACAAGCCGGAAAGCGAGCCGCAAGACACAGAACAGGAGGCGGAGGUGAAGAAGAAGGAGAAGAAGAAGAAGAAGGACACGGCCCUCACAAUCAUGGAGACGUUACAAAACAGCCUGGAGCAACUGCGUCAAGUCGCGCUGCCUCGGAGCGAAGUGUACAAGAUGGAAGAUGUGUUGAUGGAUCUGAAGCGCGAGCUGUUUGAAGCGGAGAGGCGAGGGAGGCAGAGCUCCUAA